UUGUGACACUUGGAGUUGUUGAUUCUCCUAAAAUCUUUAAGAUCAAAUUCUAAUACCAAGUAUGAGAAUUUGAUCAUCAAUCUAUUUACUUUCUGUCGUUUAAGGCGGUAUGAAUUCUCUUUCGAAUCACUAAGAUUUGGUUUGUUAAGCAUUUAAAAUAAAAAAGUUAAAUGGAUCCUCUAUGUGAUUUAUGUGGUGAAGUGAGGGCAGUGGUGUAUUGUAAAUCAGAUUCAGCGAGGCUUUGCUUGCAAUGUGAUGAUUAUGUGCACUCACCAAAUCUAAUAUCACGAAGGCAUUCACGUUCUUUCAUAUGUGACAAAUGCAAUUCGCAGCCAUCAGUUGUGAGAUGCAUGGAUGAGGCAAUAAGCUUAUGUGAACGCUGUGAUUGGGAUGGAAAUGGCUGCAUUGGGACAGGGCAUCGACUCAAGAAGUUGAAUCCUUACACUGGAUGUCCCUCUCCUGAUGAGUUUACAAAGAUGUUGUCACAAGUUCUUGAAAUGCCUAUUGGUACUGACACUAAUUUUGGAAGCUUUGGUAAUUCUUUAGGUAGCUCAUUGAGUAUUAAUGAGAAUAAUAGCAGUUUGGAGAAUAAAGGGAAUGAAGAUUCAUUUGUAUCUAGUAAGCUAUUAGUUUCUAAUUAUAAGUUUGAAGCAUGGUCAAUUCCUCCCGAACCAAAUUACCUGAAUUCCUAUCAAAUAGAUCUGGCACCCUUCUCAGAGGGAUCUGGCCUUUCUAAGCAAGAUUGUCCGAUUAAGGAUCUUGGAUUACAGGAAGGUGAUGAUCUCUCAAAAGGUGUUGAUUUUGAUGACGUGACAUUGGAUUUCAACUGUAGUUAUGAGAUUUUGCCCGAUUCACGACAGACUGGAUUCUCUGAUGAAAACAAGGAACUAGAUUGCCUAGUCAUGGAGAAAAAUUCAUCCGUUACAGGAUCUAAUAACGUGGAAACAUCUCACGAGGCAACUUCUUCAGUGCAGCAAGAGUAUAUGGGGUUGCAGUCCUCACAAAUCUCUGCAGCUGCGAGUUCAACGAAUCUAUUGCAGACAAUGAGUGCCAAUGCUAAUUGCAUGCUUAUGAAUUCCACUUGCAACGGUAGCAUUGGCGCCUUACCCUUUCUACCUGCACCAAUUCAUCCAAGUAUGUCAUUAUCACUCUCCAACAUCACCGGAGAAAGUUGUGCAGAACAAGAUUGUGGAUUGUCACCGGGGUUUCUGAAUGAAGCACCAUGGGAUUUGAGUUUAGAAAAUUGUCCACAGAAAAGGCAUGAAGCUAAGAUGAGAUAUAACGAGAAAAAGAAGACUAGAACGUUUGGUAAGCAAAUAAGAUAUGCUUCACGUAAGGCUAGGGCAGAUACCAGAAGACGAGUUAAAGGUAGAUUUGUUAAGGCUGGUGAAGCUUAUGAUUAUGAUCCAUCUGAAACAAGGGAUUUCUGAGAUAAGACGGCUGAUUUUGAUCUCCCUUCUACUUUGUCAACACUUACCAAUGUA